UCGCCCCGUGUUUAAUGAACAAAUAAAUGGUAGCGAAAACAACCACUUUGGCCAAAUCCGAACUUGUGCGCAUUCUACAAUGCAACACAAUUUUCCACCUCUCUUAUCGUCUUAGCUGGCACCGGCGGGGCUUCUCGCCUCCACCUCGCAGGUAAUCAUAUUUUAGUCUGUCGAGCGCGUCGACUGCUUGCCCCAGUUCCCAUUUUAAAAUGACGCCAAUGCCGAAAAACGAUUCCUGAAAACAUCAGGCGAUGGCGGCCGAAUUCGUGGCCACCGUCUUCCUGGCCCUGCUCGCCCUGUUGCACACCGUGUGCGGCCUGAAGCUGCUCAUGUUGCGAGUGCCAUCGCAGAAGCUGAGGGCCCACGACGUCACUCUCAAGUGCAUGUACGACCUGGAGAACAGCACCCUCUACUCCAUCCAGUGGUACAAGGAUGGCUCUAUGUUCUACAGAUUCGUGCCGGCCGACGAGCCCCCAGGACAAAUGUUCCCAUUGCCGGGGGUCUCAGUGGAUCUGCAGCACAGCAGCGACAGUCAAGUGACUCUGCGGCUACUCGAUUUGGAGAGUAGCGGCACAUACAGGUGCGAAGUGUCGUCGGAAGCACCCAAAUUCCUCACAGAGGUUGCUGAAGCUUACAUGAACAUAAUGGCACUGCCAAAAGACGCGCCCACAAUCACAGGUAUGAGGCUUAAGUACAAUGAGGGCGACCCGAUAAACCUGAACUGCACUUCGUCCCCCUCAAAACCAGUCGCAGUUCUAACUUGGUUUAUAAACGGAAAUCAGGUGGAUAAUUCCGACAUAUCUCAACGUAGGAUAAUCCCAACGGGCAAGGACAGCAAGGAUGGGCCCUUCUUGACGCAGUACCGGCCGGUCGUGGACGAUGAGGGCCUCGAGCAUGUCACGCUGGGCCUCAGGAUGGCCGCCAAGAAGAAGUUCUUCAACACCCUGCUGCACAGCAUGAAGGUCAAGUGCACCGCCAGCAUGGGUCAGCUGAUGUGGCACGUCAAGCACGAGGCCCGCAUCCAGUCAACCAACGCUGCCUCCUCGCAAAUUCCAGGUCCGGAGAAAUGCCACGUUUGGCUUGUUUCCGUCGUCACCUUCCUCAUCGCUCACAAGUUACUGGAUUCUUAGCUGAUAGUUUGUAUCGUUAUGAAAUUGUAUAAUAAAGUAUCACGUCAGUUGUUGGGUAUGGAUUUUUA